CCCCACCGUCCAAAACCCUAGACUCCGCAACCGGCCGCCGUUUGCCUCUUGAGAACCCAACAAAUCACCAACCAUGUCGACGGCGUUCCUCGCCGCCCGGCUCCUCCGCCGCGCCGCCACCGCCUCCUCUCCUCUCUCCACCCUAGCGCGCCGCGCCCUCCACUUGGGGCGUGCCCCCGUUCCCCUCCCGCGCCGUCUCCCCGCUGCCGCCUCGUCUCCCGCGGCCGCCGCCCGCCGCUUUCUGGCGUCGCAGUCUCCGGCGUCCUCUUCCAAGGCCGACGCCGACGAAAAUCUGAGGCGAGUCAUCGAGUCGGAGAUCGAGUGCGUUGUCCAGUCGGAGGAGAGCUUAGCCGACAAGUGCAUUGAUCUACCAGAUGACUUCCCUUUUGAGGUCAUAGACAAUCCUGGUGAUCAGUCCAUAACCCUCAAAAGAGAGUUUGCUGGGGAGACAAUUAAAUCUGCUGUCUACACCAACUUCGAUACAGAGGAAGACUUGGAUGAGGAUGACGGGAGUGACAACGAUAAGGAAUCUUUCAAGCCAGCAAUUCAGAUGGUUGUCACUGUUGAAAAAUCAGAAGGGCCAAUCCUGGAAUUUGACUGCAACUUUAAUGAUGAUGAACUUGCAAUUGAAAAUAUGAGGGUGCUGAACCGUGAUGACCUAGAUGUUGAGCAUGCGUAUGAGGGACCACCAUUUUCGGAUUUGGACGAGAGCUUGCAGAAGGCCUUGCACAGGUACCUUGAGACGAGGGGGAUCAAACACUCACUGCAUGACUGGCUGUACGAGUACAUGAUGAAAAAGGAUGAGAAGGAGUAUGUGGUUUGGUUGAAGAACAUGAAGGAGUUCAUUGGGAACUGAGUGCCGCUGCCCUUUAGUUUCCUUUUGUUGGGAGAACAGGCCUGGAACUCCUAUCAUAAUUGUGCAAAUAUACCUCUGAUGGCAACAUAUACCUUGCUGGUCCAAGAUUUUUUGUUGACCUGGUUAUUUGUUAUGGAAAGUGGUGCUAGUAGUCUGUCCUUAAGCUAUGCUUUGUGCAGGAGCCCUUAAUUUCUGAACCAUGGUUUACUGUGUGAUCUUUA